CCAGCAAUUACUGUCUAUAUAUUCAAUUUAAAUGGAGGUGAGACAGUUCGGUACUAUAGAACGAGUAAUUUCAUAUAUAUAUGGUGUAAUUGUGUGGUACAUAUUCUUAUCUCAGUAAAUCAUAAAUAAUCUCAUUCAAAAUGCCUCACUCUUUAACAGUCACUAAGGUUGAAGGCAAACCCGGUCAGGUCUAUUACCCUCUUAAACUCAACGAAGUCCCUAGGCCCAAGCCAGGUCCUAAGGAGGUGCUCGUCCGUCUUCACGCAGCAUCGCUUAAUCACCGAGAUUUUUUCAUAAGACAGCAUCUCUACCCAGGGAUAUCCUUCGACCACCCAUUAUUAAGCGAUGGAUGCGGAACUGUCGUUGAAGUCGGGUCAGAAGUACCCUCAGGUUCCUUGCUCAUCGGGAAGCGUGUCAUCCUAACUCCCAUACGUAACUGGGACUCCGCAAAAGACGGACCCGAGGAACCCUCUAAAUUCGGAGCCAUCGGCGGUUCAGUAGCAAGCCCCAUAGGCACAGCGUCCGACUAUGCCCUCCUCACCCCCGCCGACUUCGAGCCCGCACCCGCACACCUCUCCGCCCACGAAGCCGCCGCCCUCCCCCUAGUAGGCCUAACCGCCUGGCGCGCCCUCUCCACCAAAAUCCUAAACGGGGACCUUCAAAGCGCAGCGGGACGUAACAUCCUCAUAACCGGGAUCGGGGGCGGCGUCGCCCUCUCCGCCCUCCAAUUCGCGUCCGCGCUCGGGGCCAAUGUAUACGUAACAUCCGGCGACCCCUCCAAACUCGAACGCGCGAAGUCGUUAGGCGCAAAGGGUGGAGUGUCAUACCGCGAAGCGGCAUGGGAUAAACAACUCGCGGCCCUCUUAUCCCCUUCACGCCCGUACCUCGAUGCAGUAAUCGACGGCGCAGGAGGUGACGUGGUAGCCCGCUCGGUGCGACUCCUACGUCCCGGCGGUAUAAUCGCGGUCUACGGUAUGACAGUCGGACCGAAAAUGGACUGGGUCAUGACCGCCGUCCUCAAGAACGUAGAACUUAAGGGCACGACGAUGGGUUCGCGUGCCGAGUUCCGGGAUAUGGUUAAUUUUGUUCGAGAGCAUCAGAUCCGACCCGUAGUAAGUCGAGUGGCGCGAGGAGGUCUAGCGGAUAUCGCCGGGGUGGAUAGUCUGUUUGAGGAUAUGCGACAUGGGAGACAGUUCGGCAAAUUAGUUAUAGAGAUCUCGGCGCCCGAGGAUGAGAGUGGUGCUAAGCUAUAGAAUUAUCUGCAUAAUACCAAGCCUGAUAGGCUCUUAGAAUACGAGUUAAAAAUACCAGCAUCACUUAGAAGUACGG